AUUUCGCAAUUAAUUUCUAAUAAUCAUGUCUGACCGUGCGGAUAAAAGUAAUAUGCAAAGUGCAUUCUCGGAACUGAGUGCUGAUCUUCAAGAUCAAGAUGAGAACUACGUCGUUUGCCCUUAUGACAAAGUUCAUCGCAUAUUGCCUUCCCGUUUGGCUUUACAUUUGAUCCGUUGUGCUAGGAAUAAUUCUAGUAUUAAAUUGGUCCGCUGUCCGUUCAACACCACCCAUAUGCUGAAGCCCGAUGAAUUACAUGAACAUGUUGCUAGCUGUGAUUUUCGUAGGGUCUAUGCUCGCUUCAAACAUGCCGACAUGUUGCCGCCAACAGAACCACGUGCCCCGGUGACUGAUGUCGUCGAAUCAAGUGAAAACUGGGAUGAGGAGCCACCAGUUCCUUCUUAUGAUCCACAAGCCUAUUGUGUAAGGAAUCCAGUUAUUCGUAAUAUACACGGUGGUUCUGCGUCUCAGCGCCGAGACUUCCGCAACAGCGAACGCAUCCGUUUGAAUAAAUUUAAAUAAUUCAUUAUUUGGUUUAAGUAUGCAGAUUCAUAUGACGACGAAACGACAAAAAUAUUAAAU